AUGCUAUUAGCAGGCUCUAUCAUUUGUAGGAAUAUCGGGAGGAAUUUGUGGAUACGGAACUUAGGCAAACCACAAAACGUGUCCACAGUCGCCCCGCAAACCACACAAUCGGGACCCAUGCCAUCUCCACCUUUACCACCGCUUCAUUCAACUCUUUCAACUGACCUCUUGUACAUAAAAGCAGGUCGAAGUCAGCCACCUGACUAUGCUACUACCAUAGACGACUUCAGGAGGAAGUUAGGAAAUAUACACAACCUUGCUCCUGCCUUUAAACAAGUAGGGCCUAUUCAUAUCUUACAAGAGAACGAAUCAACAGUUUUGAUGGACCCAAAAAUCGGUUGGUUCCAAACAGAGCAAGAAGGACCCAGCAAGGAGUAUUGGAUGAAGGUUUGGGAUAACUUUCAAAGGACCGUAGGCCAUGUUGGUAGUAAAACUGUAGCAGAGAGAAAGUCACAGGAACUUGGCACUUCUCAACACCUGCCACUACAGCAACAGCAAAAGGAAAAUCUUGAAGGAGCAGACCCAGCCAAUGUUUGGAACAAUAACUGGGCCUCAACAUAUUUUAUGAAUAGGCAUCGUGACAAUCUUAUAGGCAAUUAUGGAGGAUGUCCAUGGAGACCUCCGAACAAAUUGUAUGAUUCAAGGCCUAUUGUUGCGUAA